AUGAGUGACAAAGAAUUAGAAGCUCAAGUAUGUAGACUUUUACUUAAAACCAUUCAAAAAGAAACUAUAACAGAAUUAAUACCUAAUAGAGUAUAUGUUAAAGCGGCACAAAUUACGAAAUCAAAAGUUCUUUCGGCAACCUUGAGGGAAACCGAAGACCGAGGAAAUUUUAUUUUUGAUUGGGACCAUGGAGAUUUAUUGGGUUACCUCAUACAAACUUCGGCAAGGUUACAUAGAAAUUUGAUACCAUUAAAUAUUCGUAGGGAUGAUCGUUUAAGAAAUUCUUUUCAAUAUGUUCGAGAGUUAAGGGGAUUUGAUUAUUUAUUUGCAACAGAAUGGACGAUAGUUGAAGUUAAAUGUGUUGUACCAAGUACAGGAAGUAGUUCUCAAGAAAUUAGAAGACAGAUUAAAGAAAAAACUAAAAGACUUAAAACCGAAGCAUCCCGGAAAUUUGGCUUUGUUACUCUUGGAGUUAUGUAUACAAAUGAAGAUGAACAUUCUAGAUUACAAUUUGUAAAUAAAAUAGAUAGAAGUAUUGCAUUUGCUGUAGCCGAGUAUACAAAGAGAAGAGCAUUUAAGAGCAUGGUUAUAAGUAUCUUGGCAUAUUUGGUAGUAUAUACAGAAGUCAACAUGGUAGCAUUAUUAGGAUUAAUUGUUUGGAGUAUAUGUUUAUUAGUGAUGGCUUUUCUAUUUUUAACAUGUAUUAUCCUUACAACAUGUAUUGCCGGUGGAGCUUAUUGUCUGGGGAAAUAUGCAAGUUGGAAAAUGGUCGAAUUACAAGAAAAAAUACAACAAGAAAAAAUUGCUCGAGAAAAUAUGCGACGUCGAUUUCAACUACGUCAAUUGGAUUGUUCUUUCGCGGUAGUAGCUCACCUUUCCACUAUAGCGGAGAAUUUAUUAACAGAAUUUGAUGUAAAUUCAAACAUAGCAUUUUUACAAAAGGCAAAGAAUAAUUCAAACACCAUUACCACCAAUACUACAAUUAAUAGUUCAACUAAUUCAAUUAAUCAGCCAAUUGAUAGAAAAUCUAAAUUGGAGUGUUUAAAUGAAGUCAAAAAUAAAAGAAGAUAUAAUUAUCUUUAUUCAGUGGUAUCUCUUACUGAACGAGAUAGAGAGCAAUCAAUUCAAAUUCAAUCUUCUUCAGGAUCAACGUUAAGUUCUAAAACUGAACAAAAAUAUUUAACUUUUAUAUGGUGGUUUUUAAAUGUUGGUAGUAAAAAAGCUAUAGAACGUAUUAAAGAAGCUGUUGAAUCUAUUUUAUCUGGAGUGUCAUUGAAAAAAGAAAUUUCACAUAAACAUUUUAUUUGGUUAUUAUCAGAAAUAAGAGCUAGAAUUGAAAAAGUUGAUGAAGGAAAUCAAACUCAUGGAUUUCCUAAUGUGAUGAUGCCUGAAAGUCAUGAAGAUGAAUUAUCAGUUUUAAAUCAAGGAGGUGAUGGUAUCUUUGAAGCAUUCAUUGAUUCAGAGUUAAGGAAAUUAUUAGAUGAGACUAAAGAUUAUUUACAUAGCCAGGAUUUUGCAACAGUAUUAUCAAGUUGUUUGAAUUCAGCAUUUAAUUUAUUAUGUCAAGAUUUAUACAUAAAUUUUGUUGAUCCACAAAGUAAUAAUAAUAAUGAAGUUAUUGAUGAAAUCUUUGAAAGGAAUGUGAUACUUUUAAAAUUAUUACCAAUUAUUGCAAAAAGAGCGAACGUUAUACUUCAUGAUAUACCCAAUAGAUUCCUUGAUGUUAUCAGAGAUACCCAAGAAUUACAAGCUUUUAGUGCAAUUAUAUAUUCUUCAUUUGAUAGCGUUUAA